AUGGCAGGGGAGAUCUACGCGUUCGCCGAAGGGUUCGAUGAUGUGUUUGCCAUUCGACACACAUUGGAGAAACUCUACAAGCGUAAGAUCCCUAUUACGAUGCUUACAGAUUCCAAGCAGAUGUUCGACGUGAUAACUAAGGCCUCCCACACAGCUGAGAAGCGCUUGAUGAUCGACAUAGCCGCAUCCCGAGAAGCGUACAACAAGCACGAGAUAUCGAACGUGGGAUUGGUAUUGUCAGAGCACAAUAUCGCUGAUGGAUUAACAAAGGUCAAUAGAUGUAAGGCCUUGGAGGAAGUCGUGAAGACUGGUUUUGACAAAAAUCCAGUUCAACAAUGGAUCUUCCGUCGUAUUGAAUGAGUAUGAAGACUACUUGUUUGGUUUUUAAAGGGUGGCAGUGUAAGAAUUAUGAAGUAUAAGGCGUUUCCAGUGUAAUCUAGAAUUAUCGGGAACUGUUGAGGACGUGUAAGCAACGGCGCUGUACUGCGCUGUACCUUGCUGUCAGCCCGCACGCGGGUUGCAACUUUAAUUCGCCAACACAUCCAGCGCACAGUAUCCUUGCUGUAAUGGUUACAUUUAGUGUAACUACUGCCUAACACGUAGUUUUAUUGGUAGUUGUGUAUUUUGCUGAGCUGUAUAGGUUUUCACCCGAGCUACUAAGCCACGGUUUCCUGUACCAGCUUAGAUUUUAGAACUCUAUAAAAGUCUGAGUUCGUGUGGGCUUAGAGGACUAGCCUCACCCAUUACCAACCGAACAUCAACGAAUAUCAACGAGAAGUAUUUCCUCAGAACGAACUAGCCGAUCUAGUGUUCACCUCGGACAGGCUGUCCCUCACGCCCAUCGGGGGGUACCUUCGGACAUCGGCAAGUAGGUGUCCAAUCCGAGUUUCAUUUUAAAGGGGUGCUCCCGACGAGCACUUAUCAAGCUAUCUAAUCAGCUUUACAGUGUAACAGCUGUGAGGCGGGGUUUUUGCCACACAGGGGUCAUGAUUACAAUAGGUUCUUCACUCGCAUACACAACGUGUACACGAACGCAAUAAAUGAUGUUAUGAUAAA